AGAAUUUGAUUGUGAUAUAAUUUCGAAGACCCGUCAGGAUUGAUGUGACGAAAAUGUUGACAUUAGUCUGCUAGCGGCAUAUUGAGAGGGAGUGAAAAACAGAGACAAAAAUGAGAGGAAGUAUUCGGUUACGGUGUUCGACGGUAGAUUCGCAACUUGUUAUACCUCAAAACAAUCUGUUUUCUUCGUGCAUUUUGAAAUGGCUUGAAUUUGUAGUGUUGUAGUUAAAAAAACCGUCUUAGUGAUAGAUCCAAAUAGUUUUUUUUAUAACUCAGAUUUUUUUUCAUAACAAUCAGUAGUAGUCCAAUAAUAACAAUUUGGAGUUUAAGGUUGUUAGCUUUAUCCGCUAGCAUGUACCGAUUGUGCAUCGAUAGACCGGAUGGGUAUUUAUAUCUUAUCUGUGGCUGUUUCCGAGACCAAUUCGAAGAAAUGUUUAUCAAUCAACUGAUUAAUGUGAUAUAUUAUCUUCACUCGGCUAUAGUACUAGCUAGCUGCUGUCAGAAAGUUACCCAAAGCGGUCUUUUACCUCGUCGUCACAACUGUUGCCGUUGUGCAAUAAAGAAUUGCAAUGGCUACAUUGGUUUUGACAACGGUAGCGGCUUCCACAGUUCCAGGGUUGAUGGAAAUCGCAGUUACUUCAGCCGUUGUUCUGGCGGCUGCGCCCGUUUUUAAAAAAGCUGCUCCAGUAGUUAAUGAGGCGUUUGCUGACUUAGUUGAAGAAGCUACAGAAUUAGUUGUUAAAACAGCUAAAAAAACUGGCGAAAUUGUGGUUAAAGCAGCAGAAGUAACUGCUGAAGUUGUGGAAAAAACAGCAGAAAUAACUGCCGACAUUGUUAUGGAGAUUACUACUCCCAACAUCAUAAGGCAGCUAAAGAAAGAUAAUAAUUCAAACACUAGAGCUAACGAAAAUAGUACAAACCAUAAGGAAAACAAUGGAAAUAAACAGUCUCAACAAAAUACAAAAACCAACACACAAACGCAAUCAAAACAAACUGGAACUGCAAGAAACGCUGGCGAUAAUGGAGAUGAUCCCAGACGACGAAGAAACUCGAAAACUACGCGCAACUGUCAGGAUGAAACAUCGGAUGAAACGGAACCACACACUGGUGCUUCUCACUUGCACUCACGAACAGCGGUACAUACCGUACGAUUUGCUGGAGAAAUCAGGCGAGCUGCCGACAGGUCUGGCCACCAAGUUACAGAGCUUAUUGAAGACGGGGCCAGCACAAUCAGGGAUGGGUAUAUACGGCCACCGACACCUGAUAGCCAACUGCAAAGAGCUCACGUGCUACGGUUUAGGGAUAAUUUUGAGAUGUUACGCGAACAUUAUCCCGAGUUGUAUAGAAUAUUGUGCAGACAUGCAGGGCACACGCAAAGAAUUCCGAGGGUGUUCAACGUGUUUCACAGGAUUGGUGGAAGAAUUGAUAAACUGCAGUAUGGAUGGAUUUUGAAAUUGUCUGAAGUAGAUUUUUCGGCUGGUCCCACAGCUGCGAAUCUAUCAAUGUUUGAAGCAUAUAGACAAGAAGUGUUAGAUUUGUAUGACAGUGAGAUAAGAUUAAGAUACUAUAGCGAACAGGACAUGGCAGAAAUAAGAAGGGCAAAAGAAAUGAUGGAAAACACAACGAGUGAAGAAUUGUUGGAAAAUGCUCUGGAAGGAUUCAAUCUGGAACAUGACUACAACAAUCCCAGAAUAAGAUUGUAGUAGUAUACAUUUCGUAACUCUUUACAAACGAUAUUGAACAAAUGCAAAUAUUUAAACCUAAAAAGAAUUUAAAAUAGGACAAACGCAAAUGCUUCGAAGAAAGAGUUUAAAUAGCUUAACAACAAUGAAAAGUAAGUGAGCCAUUCUUGUUGAUCAUCUGCAUUUAAACAGAUGGAUGGAACACUUACGAUAAAUUUCGACUAGGGUUAAUCUGAGUUUCAUAUUCACUAUUUGAAAUAUCUUUGUUGCAAAGUCCAACAUACUUGGGGUGUUUAUACUUUAUGAAAUAAAUCUAAACAAGGUGGAGGUACACACAAAAAAUGAAAACAAUACCUAUUCAUUUGAAUCAGCGCAAAAUAUAACCACGUAAAUUAAAAUGUUAACAAAUACUAUAAAUAUA